UGUGGGGUAUGUGGACCUUGCUUGGAGCAAUGGGCUAGGCCCUCAUGCUUAAAGCCUUGCUGGGGCGGUGAAGUUGGUACGGUGGUCUCUGGGUACUGGCCUGGGGCAGCUGUGGGCUAGGGUACUGGAGAGGCCUGCCAGAAUGGGUAGGAGUGUGGUGAACAUCUAUCCUCUAGCCUUGCUCACUGUGUCUGUUUACCGGUCCCAAGAUUUGCCUGUUUCCGCUGUCUAUGGGACAGAUUAGGGGUUCUCUAAGUUCCCAAAAUACCCAGAUCUGGUUACUAAUGGGACUUUGUUUUAAUCCAGUCUGCUACGUGAGCUGGGAGAAGGCUGAUGGGGCAAUGCCAGAGGGUCUGGCCCCUGUGGGCCUGGAGCAGUGAGUGUGGCCAGUGCAGGCAAUUACCCAGCCGCCUUUCCUAGCCUUUCUCCCCAAUGGGGCCAUGAAAAGACAGAGCAAGGGGGAAAUAGAAAUGUCCUUAAAAAAAAACUCAUAAAAGAAAGUAAGGACAGGAGAGGGGCUGGCGGCAUUUUCCUCUCCUCCUAGGCGAUCAGGUUCCUACCAAGACUCUCCUGUCCAAACAUGCUAUGGGUGCGGAGGCAUGCAGCUUUCUUCCACGUUCUCUCCGUUGGCACCAACAGCGGCCUUGGGUUUUCAGGCCUUGGGCACCCCUGGGUGCCGGUGUGACAUUACCCCCGAAUUGUGCCCCUCUCCUGGCCCAGGGCCUCUGCCACGGCGGCGGUGCAGCUGCCCCUGUUUAUUGUGUCUGUGAGGAGUUGUUUACUUGUUUUGUCUGCUGCCACCCUGCGUCUGAAACCCGCCAAACCAGCAAACUCACCCAGGAGGACAAAGUGCAGUGCUAUCCUGACUCCCUCCCCUUUCCAGCACCCCGCUCCAGCCCUUACCGCUCUUACCUCCUCCCUCCCUCUCUUUCUGAAGGGAGGAAGCAGAAAUUGUUCUAAAAUAGGGCAGCUGUUUAUAGGGUUGGGGGAAUUAUGGGGACACCAUAAACCUUCAGUGUCCUGGUGGUAGAGAGACUUUGAGCAGCCCUCCCCUUGCCUCCAGCUUUUCUUCCUUCCCCCUGGCAACUGCCUGGUUAAGGUGGCCACAGUCAUUGAGAAAGUUGAGCCCCUCUCCCCCCCUCCUUUUUGCAGGAGUUUUCCCUGAGACACAGGUUGUUGGGUUUUAAAUCAGGGUAAUGUUGGCAGAUUCGUAAAGCUAGAUAAAGCAUGUCGCUCACCCUCCCUUCUCCUCAGCCCCCCAAAAUAGCAGUGAAUUUAAGCAAAUCCUACAAAAUUAAAUUGCCCCUUCGCUAAAGAUCCUAUAAAUUUCCAAUCCCGCCAGGUGUAGAGUCAGAGAGGCGGCUCGGUUUGCCUCUAAUUUUGCUCCUGGCUAUCAAACCUAAAAGAAUAUCAUUGAAGUAAGUAAUAUUCUCCUUUCUGAAAUUAAUUCCCCCCUCCCCAUCUCUCUCCCUCUUUUUGCCAGCACAGAUUAAAUGGUUCUUUCAAAUCUGCAAACAAUAAAGGAUAAAAUUAUUUAUAGGGAAAUGAGGACUAUGUUUCAUUGUUGGCUUAUUGUUCCAGAACAUAAAAACAUUUUAUUUUCAAGUGGAAGAACUUACACAAGGGGAAGAAGGGGGAAAGGAAAACCAAGUGAGAGGAAGCAGGGCACCCACACACAAAGCUCCCGUUGUAUAUAACUUAUAUGACAUUUACAAUUUCCUCAUGACAACUCACUGUGACGUCAUAAAUGCCACGCUCUUGAAUUUUAUAAUUCUCAUAAACCUCCAAAAUCGGUCUAAGCCGUAUUCGCUCAGUGUGGAGGGACAGAAGAGAAGCCAGGAGGUCAGGAAUCCUUUGGCCUCAUUCUGGGGGCCAAAAAUAUUCUGAAUAUUUUGGAUUUUCAUUUUUCUUCCUGGACCAAGCAAACCACUUGCUUUGCCUCCCUGAAAUGCCCCUCAGGAUCAGAGCUCCAUCCCCUUUCUUGAAGGCUCUCUUUGUGCCCCCUCCUCAGCUCAUAUCAGCCGCUUGGGAGAGAGCUGGGACGCUUGGGGGCCAGGCCACAAAAGCCAGAAAUGAUUUCUUUCAGAGGGAACCCACAAGGGCCUCAGACUGAGUAUGAUGGGACAGAUAUACUUGAGACUUAUUUUAUUUUUUAACCUUCAGCCAGAGAAGUGAAUUGAGAAGCCAAACAAACGCCGAUGUGGGAGUUGAUGCUUGCUGAUGGUAGCAGCAUUAAGUGGAGUGGUAGUAAUGAAAGGUCAGGCAGAAAUCUGGAAAGAGAGAGGGAGGAGAGAAAAUAUGAUGUGUGUUAGCAGAGCCCCUCCAUGUACCUUUCUUCUCUGUUUAAUGACACAUAAAACAAAAGCAGCUUGGGCAGCCUCUAAACCUCUUAACUCGAAAGAGGAGUCACCAGCCCAGGCCUCCGAGGUGUCUGAGGCAGUUCUCAGGCACUUGACAUGCCCCAUCUGGCCCCUUCCUUCUCCCCCCGUCCCUGUGGACCCCCAAUUUUAUUCAGCUGGCCAGCUGGGGCCAGGUCCCUUUAUAAUAUCAGCACCCCCUGAUGGAAUCCAUUUCCGGGUUGGGUGUGUCAAAUUUCACUUUUCUCCAAGUGUCUCCCUGCCUGAACUUUGAAAGGAGAAGGAGCAUAUUUGGGAAUGCAAUGUGUAUAUGGGGAGGUCUGUACUCAGACAACUUCUCCCACAUAUCUGUGAGAAACUGGGGGCUCCUAGAGUGAGCUAUUCUUUGAUGUCUCCAAGCAGACCCAGUUCCCUGUGUUCAGGUUCUUUGGUGGUGGACUGAGAGAUUCUGCAAUCCUUUUAGUCUGGAUUCUGUGGAGAUCAAAGGAGUUCAUGCACAAAACACUGGGCAUUUGGAGUAGGAUUUUAAAAAAUUUUUUUUAAAUACAAAAGCUAAUCAUAGACCAGUUGGGGCCGAGUGAAUAGUCAGUUGCUUUAGAACAGCAAAGUCUUAACCAAACAGUGCGAUUGUGAAGUGAGCUGAACAAGUCCUGAAACUCAGCUUUCUCUGCAAGAGGGAUUUCAGCCCUUGCCCAGUGGCACAAAAGGGGCCGGUCGGGCAACAGCUCCUUCCAGCUCUGGAAAUUAAGAUUUGGCGGGUGGGUCGGGCAGCUGCGGUGGCUUCCAGGCAGCUAAACACCAGCCCAGCCGAGGCCGAGCGCUGAGUACUGCGGCUCCAGUGUUGGGUCCCUGAGCAGCCUUCCGAGGCGCCGAGCUGUAGCUGGUGGCGCAGGCAGCCAGGAAAGGAGUGUGUCUAUCUGUAUGCGAGACUGGGUGGGUCACAGACAUCCACACGCAGACUUGGGGGAUCUAGGGAGAGAGAAAAAAAAACUGGCAGAACACAAACUAGCAGGACCUCUGGAAAAGAUUGCUCCCAAGUAAAAAUUCCAGAUCUCAUCCCUCUCACUUCAGAUACCCUUCCCUAAGAAAUUAAUAUAUUUCCCAGAGCCGAAUGGAAAGCAAAGGCAAGCAAGGUGAGGCCUGACUACGAAUCCCUUCUCGGCCAGAGCCCAGUUCCACCCACCCUCUUCCCCCUUCAGAGGCACACAGGCCCCCAGGCCCUGGCCUGGAGCAGGGUGAGGCUCCGGGUAGGAGUGCUUGACUAGCCUUGGGAAACCCUCAAGUGCCCACCUUCCAAUUAGACCCUUAGCCUUGGGGACUCCUGACCAGCGACUGCCCCCCACUCAGGCUCAUGGCAUGCCUGCAGUAAGUUUCUCUCCUAUAAUUAGUGCUUGUGAAAAGCAUGUGUUUUGGAUUGGGGAGGGGGCUGGAGCAGCAAGCGGCAACUUUCCCCCUUUAUUCCUGUUCUGUGUUGUUUGAAUUCUGUUUUUGAAUCCACUAAUUACACCUCCCAAAGCAAAAAUCUGCUCUUGCUGCCAAACCCCCUCGGAAUGCCUGAUUUCCGAGGCCGAAAGGGCAGAGCAACUCCGAGACCUGCGGGCCUGAUGGGGGGUGUUCUCUGAUUCUCCAGGCUUGUUUUAUAGAAACAAAGAACAAGUUAUCCCUCCCCUUCCUAGGACUUGUGCAUAUUUACAGAGCUCAACUGCAGUUUUAAUAAAACAUCUGUUCUUGCUUCUGUUGAUGAGUUUCCAUAAUUGUUUUCAGACAAAUUUAACAGGAAAAUAGAAAUAUAUUUAGAAAAACCCAAGUCCCAGCUUUCUCCCCAUAGACAGUCGUUCUUUUGCCAAAAAAAGAGAGAAAGAAAUGAACAUAAAAUGAGAAGAGGAAAAUGUAAUCCAAUGGAGGGAAGAUCGGGCUCAUCUGACCUGCUCUCCCCCCUUGGAGCGAAUCCUUCCAGCAAAUUUCAGCUGCAUAAUUAAAGAUCUAACUGAAAGAAGGAAGCUUCUUUCCUCAGGAACGGAAGGAGAGGGGGUAGAAUGUGGUGGAAAUUAAUUUUGCUGAAAGUCUUUAAGCUUUGGGGAAAUUAUUUGUGUUUCUGCUUCCCCUUCUCUCCCCCUCCCAACAUUUCUGCCCCCGCCCCCCCAGCAGCUGGUUUCUGUUCAUUAUAAAUCCGAGAGACCUUUCAGUCUCUGCCCUCUGUUUAGGGACGUAAUAAAACACUUAACUUUCCGGGCUGAGAUUUUCCUCAGGUCGGCCCUCCCCCCCACUGCCUCUAGGCCCAAGGAGACUCUCCCCAACUUUGGGGCCCCUUUCCCCUCUAGACUUGGUUUAGUAGGGGCUCAAGGAAGCUCAGGCAUCCUUGCUGAAGAGCUGCAGUACGUGUUUCCCCAGAAGCCCUUUCUUUCCUUCAAGGACCUUCCUUCCCCCACCCACCCAUAAAAGAGAUUUAAAAAUACAUAGAAAAUCAACACUCAUUGAAAGCAAAACUUCAUUAAGAUGUCCUAUCUUCCAUCAUUCAAUUUGUUGUACAUUGCAACAAUUUAAUAUCUUGCAGGAAAUAUCACUGACAUGAUUUAUCCCUCUAGCAAUCUCUUUCUGAAAUGGGGGGUGGAAUUUACUCUUUCUUUGGCCUGUUCUACGUGUUACACCACUACCCUUAGGGCAGAAAUGAGUCUGGGAACUCUGAGAGCGGCUACUCUUGUCCAGGGGUGCACUGACUUGUUCCUUAGCUCAGCCCCCUGGGUCUCCCCGCCCCUAUUUCUCUUUCUCUCUCUCCCUUUUGCCCUCCAGGGGGCCUGGAGCCCCAGCCAGCUGUUGGAAACCUCUGUUCAGGCAUGCCAUGAAUUGGAGGACAACUGGAUUCUGGAGGGGAUAGCAAUUCACGCUAGUGUCUGUGUUUGUGAACCUGUCACGUCACCCCAAAAUGAGACGAUUCAUCUAAAAAUUUCUUCUUAAUUUAAGAACCCUCCUCUACCCUUUCACCUUCAUCUCCAUGGGGAGAGGAAAGUAUGGUCCAAGAGGAAGAACCUUUGUAAUUAAGGGGUCUUUCCCUUACUCUUCUAAAUAACAGCAAAUUCCCUUCUCUGAAGGACUGAGCCUGUAUUUUCAAAAGCCAACACAAAUUAUUUGGCAGGAAGACUCUUCAACCCGGUAAGGAGCUUCAUGUAUUAACUAACAUGUUGUCGCCACCAGCUCCUACACACUGUCUGCUUUUGGGUUCAAAAACUUUAUCCCCCCACCCCAGCGACACUCCAGGGAAACCUUAACGUUACAGAAGAUGAAUAAACGAGUUUUUUUCCCAGCAUAGUCCCGUUUAUGGCUUUAUUGCUACCCAUUGAUUACUCCGCUUUGUUACACAGAAGGAAAAGAUCAUAAAAUCUGGCAACAUCCGGGUCCUUGUUAUAGCCAGUCCUCCCCCCCCCCCAAAAAAUGAUGAGGGGAAAAUAUGAGCUUCCAUUGCUCUCUUCACUUGCCCACCACCCCUUCUUUGUCAACUCAAAGUCGUUUUAGCCUAUGUCAGGAUAGCAAAUUAAGUUUGGAUUAAUCAGGAGUAAAACCCCAUCUGCACACCUUCCGCUGCUUCAGUUCGCCCACUGCGGCUCCCUCAGAAACCUCGGACUCAGCUGCCUUUUCCUAACCUUCUCUUCCUUUUUCUCAGCCUCAAGGUGGAAAGAAAGGGGGGCGGGGGGUAGGGGCUGCUGAGAGGCUGGGCCCCAACAGGUAUGGCUGACCCUCGUGUGAGAGCUCCCCAGGAGCACUUUGCUGGAAUCUCCAAGCCCCAGAGCUCAGGUCCAAGGGUGCCUCCCUUAGCAGGGUAGAGAGCCCAGAGGGGGCAGGGGGCUUCUGACAUAUGCAAGGGCUUGAGCUUGCAAGAUCCUAAAUGUCCAUCAAAGCUCCACCAGCCUUCUCUUUCUGGCUGGAUCUUACGUGAAUUACCCCACCGGCCCUCAAUGGCUCCAAAUCAUAAAUUCUCACCAACAUAAACAGGAGUUGAUGUGUAGAAAGACUCUGAGUUCUUUCUCCUUCUUUUCGCUCUCUCUCUUUCUCUUUCACCUUUUGCUUCUUUCCCUCCCUUUCCUAUAGUAUUUUUAUACAUUCUCCCUUUUAGGCAAACAUGCUGCCAGAGUUUCCCCCAAAAGGGGGUGCUGAGGAAGAGGCAGAGGGAGGUGGGGAAGAGGAAAGCAGUUGCCUGGCCCCUCUGCCCACCUCAGAUCUGCCACUGCCCUGAAGUCUCUCCCUUACCCCUGGAGACCUACUUGCUCCCCUCAUGCCCCCUACAUCCAAGACUCUCAGCCACACCCUCCUUCCUCUGAGCAUCAUGUUUAUGAAUUUCUUCUUACUCUUGAUUUAAAAAAUUAUUGGGGGAAAAAUGCUGGUUUGGUGAUGAGGAAUCACUUCGUGGAAUAUCAAACCAGGAUUUCCUGUAGGAUUUCUGGGGACCCCCCCCCCAGCUGGGAGGGAGCCCCUCCCAUGGAGGAAUCAAGAUGUAAUUUUAGAAGAGAGCAGAUAUAAACGAUGAAAUCGGAUUGAAAAUACAGAGAUUCCCCAGCCUGGCUCUGGCCACUGCACAGCAAAGUUAGCUGGGGCUGAGCGAGUGCAGCUCUCCUUCCCUGGGCCCCAAGGCCCUGCUCAUGGACAUUCACCCUUCCUUCACCUCCACAUCAGCUCCCUUACGUGUAUAUAUAUUUUAAAAAUCCAAGUCUUACUUUCAAAGCACACACUUAGUCUCAACUAGGGAAUCAACAGAAGCAGAAGCGAUUUUUUUCCCCCUUCUUGACAUCUGGCUUGCGAUUGGCUGGAAGGGGGUCAGCUGACUUUGUCAUUUUGUCUGUCCUGGAUUGGAGCCGUCCCUAUAACCAUCUAGUUCCGAGUACAAACUGGAGACAGAAAUAAAUAUUAAAGAAAUCAUAGCCCGACCAGGUAAAGGCAAAGGGAUGAAUUCCUACUUCACUAACCCUUCCUUAUCCUGCCACCUCGCCGGCGGCCAGGACGUCCUCCCCAACGUCGCCCUCAAUUCCACCGCCUAUGAUCCAGUGAGGCAUUUCUCGACCUAUGGAGCGGCUGUUGCCCAGAACCGGAUCUACUCGACUCCCUUUUAUUCGCCACAGGAGAAUGUCGUGUUCAGUUCCAGCCGGGGGCCGUAUGACUAUGGAUCUAAUUCCUUUUACCAGGAGAAAGACAUGCUCUCAAACUGCAGACAAAACACCUUAGGACAUAACACACAGACCUCAAUCGCUCAGGAUUUUAGUUCUGAGCAGGGCAGGACUGCGCCCCAGGACCAGAAAGCCAGUAUCCAGAUUUACCCCUGGAUGCAGCGAAUGAAUUCGCACAGUGUGUGUUUUGUGCCUGGAUCUCCAGGGGUUGGCUACGGAGCGGACCGGAGGCGCGGCCGCCAGAUCUACUCGCGGUACCAGACCCUGGAACUGGAGAAGGAAUUUCACUUCAACCGCUACCUAACGCGGCGCCGGCGCAUCGAGAUCGCCAACGCGCUCUGCCUGACCGAGCGACAGAUCAAAAUCUGGUUCCAGAACCGCCGGAUGAAGUGGAAAAAGGAAUCUAAUCUCACGUCCACGCUCUCAGGGGGCGGCGGAGGGGCCGCGGCCGACAGCCUGGGCGGAAAAGAGGAGAAGCGGGAAGAGACAGAGGAGGAGAAGCAGAAAGAGUGACCGGGACUGUCCCUCCCCCCUCCUCCUCCUUCGCCCCCCAGCGCCCCCUGACCACACGCUCUGUAUUUAUCGCUGGCACAACUGGUGUGUCUCGGCACCCUAAGGAGCAUUAGGGAGUCAGAUAUGGACCUGAAAGUAAACUCUGGACCCCCGCCCUCACCGCACAAACUCUCUCACUGCGCGCCGCCGCCUCUUCCUCCUCCUCCUCCUUCUCCAUCUCGCUCCCUCGCUAGCUCGAUCCCGGCUUGUCUGCAGGCCCCUUCCCCCGCCCAGGCCUUGGGGGCUCU